UCGAGUAUUUCUAGCCAGUCUUUCACAAAAGGUCGCGAGAUAAAGACGCGCAACACGAUAAUCGAGUUUCAAUAACUAGUUUACGAGUGAAUUUAUCCUAUCCUAUAUAAUAUAUCCUAUGUAAUUGUGCAGUGAUCUUGGAUCUUAUAUUCGAGAUGAAGCUAAUAGUUGGGAUAGUAUUCGUUUGUUUCUUCCUUCUAACCGAGGCAGGGAGAGUGCCAGACGAUUUUGAAACCAUAAAUAGCGAUGCGGUGCCAGACGAUAUAAGAAACGUUUAUGGCAAUCCAGAGAAAAGUGACCGACGACGAAAACCACAUUCACGACAGCCGAGAUACUUCUCGGAACCUGAAAUGGACCGAAGUUACUACGACUUCUAUGAAAGACUUAGAGAUUUCGAGAAAAGGCUACAAACACAACAAGAGCAAAUUUUUGAACUGAAUAAGCAAAUUUUUAAUCUUCUGUCUGAAAGACAUGAAUCCAAAGUAAUCGUUGUGCCAAUUUACUUAAACUCAAGUGGAAACGAUAAUACAAGUGAUCCCUUGGGAUUUAAAUAUGGCGAGGAAGAUGAGAUUGAAAGAGAAAGAGUCUGGGGUAGCGAAGAUGAUCAAAACGGGAUGCGACCUAUGUCUCAGAGACCCAUUAGACCCAGCCGGCCCAUACCCAAACAGCCACCAGUACAACACGGGACUAUUCAAGCUGAGACUAGCACCGAAGCACCUACUUUCAGUCUAGAUACUUGCAAAGCUGCUGUACUUAUAUGUUGUGACAGCGAGGGAGACCAGAGAAGAAAUUGUUUCAUGAAAUUCGACUGUCUCAAAAUAUCAUAUUCAAAAAACGCCUGUAAUAAAGCCGAUUUGAAAAAAAUCAAAGAAGAUAUUAUAGCUGCUUAUGCACCUAAUGCAGACUAAAAUUAAUGUAAUAUAUAUACCGAAAUCAGUAUUCUUAUAAAGAGUAAAAGAUGACGUAAUCUAAAAAACAUUGUUGACAGUUUUAAUAGCCCACAUGAGGACAAAUGUUGGAGUAUUAUUUGUAAGUCCACGCCCGCAGUUUUUAUAUGUAUACGCAUUUCAGAUAUGAUGCAAUUGAUUUCAAUUAGUAUAUGAUAUUACUGUGUAAUGUCUUAAAAAAAUGUAUCUACUCUUUAUUCGUUAUAUUAAUAAUUAUAACUUAUAAGUGAUAGUACAAUUGCGUUCGAGCGAAUGUAACUGGAGCUUUAUUUACAGUUUGUGGUUUAUUUAAUUCUUAGCGAGUAACUUAGUAAAUUAUGUAAUGUUUUGGCAUUGAACUAUCCUUACGGGAAACGCAACACCUAGCUUGUUGGAUACCAAUUUAUUAAUAAAAUAAACACAGCAUGUGUUUAUUUUAUUAAUAAUGAAGUGGCUUAGGUUUAAAUAUACAUAUAUGUAAGACAAUCUUUAAUUGUGUGAUCAACAACUCAGCAGCUAGUGUCCUUUACUGGACCCUAUUUUAAUUACUAAUAAGACCAUAUGCUUCCUUUAAGUUCCUAGUCAAAUAAUAAAAUAUAUUUAAAAUA